UGCAGAUAAAAAAAGGAAGAAGCUGAGAUAUUCUAUCAAUCUUGUGCAAUGACGCCUAAUAUUUGUUUGUGGUUUAUAUGGGCCAUCUUGUCAUCUGUAGUUUGGUGUAACAAUGAAGGAAAGAUGAAAAUUCAAGGCAGUAUAACUGCAACAGGGACCAUUAAGAAUUUUGCAAAGGAUUCUAGAAAAACAGUUGAAUUGGCUACAGAUAUAAAGAAUAUGUUAAAUGGUAUGUGUACUCAUAGGAAAAGCCAAGAUAACAACCAAAACAUUGAAGACAAAUUUCAGAACAUAACAACCGAUAUGGACUUGAUAAAAGAAACACUCAACAGCAUUCAGGACACAGUUAGUGAUAUGGACGCCAUAAAAGAAAAACUCGACAUAAUUCAAGACAUUGUUAGUGGUGAUAACCGAGAGUGCUCAGAUACGCCCAGGCGUGUUGGUGUUUACAAUAUCUCACCCGACGAUUCACAUACGUUUAAAGUGAAAUGUGAAGCAGGAGGUUGGACGGUCAUCCAAAAGCGUUUCAAUGGAAGCACAGAUUUCUAUAGAAAUUGGCUAGACUAUGAAAAUGGAUUCGGCGACCUCAAUGAGGAAUUUUGGCUAGGGAAUAAAAAUAUCGCCUUGCUGACAUCACGCAGAAACCAUGAACUGAGGAUUGACCUGGAAGACUGGGAAGGUAGAAAGGCUUACGCGCUCUUUAAAAGUUUUAAAGUCGGUGAUCAAUCUACAAAUUACACACUGACUAUAAGUGGGUAUUCAGGAAAUGCAGGUGAUAGUAUGACGUAUCACAACAAUAUGCCUUUCUCCACCUACGAUCGUGAUAACGAUAAGGCUACUAAUUCUAACUGUGCAGAUUAUAGUGGCCUGAAAGGCGCAUGGUGGUAUAAUGCCUGUUGGAGGUCUAAUUUGAAUGGAAAAUAUUCCCAUACCUCUUCUUCAGGAGGAAUAAAAUACGCAGCAUGGAGAGGCUAUAGUAAAACUAUGAAAAAGUCUUCAAUGAUGAUCAAAAGAACUAAAAAAUAAACAUAUAUCAUAA